CGUCAAAAUCUACUAAUGGGCCAGGAAUACUAUAUCUAUAACAACGAAUACCCUGGAAAUUAUUCGCCUCCAACAAUCUGUACCUGGAUUGGAAGAAGUCCUUCAGGAACCAGAAUUGUAAUUGCCUGCGACGAUAUCGCUUUACCUAGCACAAAGAAUUGUGUGGGUGACAAGUUGUCCAUAUCACUAAGUGGAGAUGAAAGUUUUAAAGAUUCGAGAAAUUACUGUGGAAUCGGUUCGGUAAGCUUAGUGACGACUGGAAAUUCUCUUGCUGUAGGUCUGUUCACAACGGCUACAUCUCCCACUGGCAGAUUCAUAUGUUCCGUAGCAGCAAUUCAAGAUUCCGAUUCUUCAACACCCCCAACACCGAGAGAAUGUGAUUGUGGACUACGACAAGGAACUAGAAUUGUGGGAGGAGUGGAAACCAUGGUCAACGAAUUUCCAUCCAUGGCUGCACUGGUGAAUACGGUGACACGAAGCGUCUUUUGUGGCGGCAGCAUAAUUUCCAAACGAUACGUGCUCACAGCUGCUCAUUGUCUUCCUUUAGUAAAAUUAGAGGAUCUUGGAAUUCUCGUUGGUGAUCACAAUAUUUCUGCAAAAUACGAAACAGCAGCAGCAGCUCUCUAUAGGGUCUCGUAUUCUGAGACACAUCCCCGUUUCGACAACGGAACUUUGGUUAAUGAUUUGGCUAUACUGAAGACCGCUGUGGAUAUGAAAUUCAAUCUAUACGUAGGACCCGUUUGUUUGCCUUUUAGAUACACAACCUGGGAUUUCGAAGGACAAAAAGUUACAGCACUGGGUUGGGGGCAAAUAUUCUAUACUGGACCACAGUCAGAUGUUUUGAUGAAGGUUGAUUUGACUGUAACAUCAAACCUUUUAUGUUCCCAAGAAAAUUCUGCUAGUAUCAUAACACCAGGACAAAUUUGCACAUACGUACCAGGAAAGGACGCUUGUCAGAGCGAUUCGGGAGGCCCUCUUUUAUGGAUGGAUCCUGAGAAAAGAAGACUUCAGUUGGUUGGAAUAAUUUCCUAUGGUCUAGGGUGCGCCACUGGCAGACCAGCAAUCAAUACCAGGACAACUGCCUAUAUUUCCUGGAUUGUGUCCAGAACAAAUGUAUCGUUUUGGUGUUUGAGUCGUGCUGUGGAAACCAUUAGCAGUUAUCAAAAGAGUAUCAGUGGGUUUCAACUUACUGACAAACACUUGAUCAUGGGGUUUAUAAAAACUACCCUAAUGGUUCUAGUGAGUUUUCUUAACCUACUGGGUCCUGCUUCGCUAGUAGAGGCCGCAACCUGUCAGUUUCGCCAAGACCUCGUCAUGGGUCAAGAAUAUUACAUUUACAACAGAGAGUAUUAUGGGAAUUAUACCCCUUCAACAUAUUGUACAUGGUAUCAACAGAGUGAACCUGGUACCAGAAUCGUAGUUUCCUGCGAAGACAUCGCUAUACCAAGCUCAACUAAUUGUGUAGGUGAUAAACUAUCCAUAUCAUUGAAUGGUGACCUCAAUUUCAGAGACGCUAAAAAUUAUUGUGGGACCGGAUCAGUAAGUUUGGUGACGAAUGGAAAUAGUCUGGCUGUAGGACUCUUCGCAACGUACAAUUCAAAAGGCGGAAGAUUCAUAUGUACUCUGACAGCAAUUCAAAAUCCGGAUGUCACAACUACACCAGCACCACCUUCAGUAUGCGAUUGUGGCUUGAAACAAACGUUGAGGAUCGUAGGAGGAAACGAAACGUUGGUCAAUGAAUUCCCCUCCAUGGCCGCUUUGGUGGACGUUCAAGUUGUAGAUGUUGUUUGUGGAGGAAGUAUCAUUUCGAGUCGAUAUAUAGUAACUGCCGCUCACUGUCUUCUCAACGUACAGAGGGAAAAUUUGGGUAUUCUUGUUGGUGACCACAGUAUAUCUUCAGGCUUUGAUACAGUGGCGACAUACCUUUAUAAAGUAUCAGCCUGGGAAAUGCAUCCAAAUUUCAACUCCGAAAGCCUAGUUAACGAUAUAGCCCUAUUGAGGACGACUCAAGAUAUUCGUUUUAACCAAUACGUGAGUCCAGUCUGUCUGCCUUUUAGAUACACGUCGUCGAGUUUUCUUGGGGAAACAUUGACUGCAGCAGGUUGGGGUCAAGUUUCCUUCACUGGACCAGAAUCAAAUGUACUUUCAAAGGUUGACCUUAAGGUCAUUUCCAACGAAAGGUGUACCCAAGAAAAUUAUGGUAAGGACAUCACUGGUGGGCAGAUAUGUACGUUUACCCCAAGAAAGGAUGUUUGCCAAAGCGAUUCUGGAGGUCCUCUAUUUUGGAUGGAUACUGCUAAAAGAAGACUUCAAUUGGUAGGAGUAAUUUCAUAUGGGCUAGGUUGUGCAACCGCGAGACCAGGUAUCAAUACAAGAAUCACCUCCUACAUUUCUUGGAUAGUUUCAAGAACGACAGAUGCCACAUAUUGCAUCAAAUGAAGAAACAAGAGCGAUAUUCGUUGUAUAUACAUAAUUAUAAAAUAAAGUUUAUCAGUAUA